GACAGUGAUAACCCAUGCCAUGGAAUGGGUUGGUACAAUUGUCCUUCUCCUUCUUGUAUAUUUUUCUUGCCAUCUGCUCAUAUCAUCUAAGAGGAAACUAUGGCACAAGGGGAGACUUCCUCCGGGACCCACUCCUCUGCCCCUGAUUGGGAAUUUCCUGCAGAUCAAAGCAUCCCAAACCUUAAAAUCUCUUCUCAAGCUGCAUGAAAAAUAUGGCCCUGUUUUCACUGUCUAUUUUGGAUCACAUCCGGUUCUGGUCUUAUGUGGACAUCAAGCUGUGAAGGAGGCCCUGAUAGACAAGGCAGAAGAGUUCAGUGGAAGGUCUACCGAGCCUGUACUCGAGAGGACCUUCCAAGGAUAUGGGGUGAUCUGUUCCAAUGGAAACCGCUGGAAGCAACUGCGCUGCUUUUGCAUCACCAUUUUGAAGAGUUUUGGAAUGGGGAAAAAGUCUAUUGAGGAACGAAUCCAAGAGGAAGCCCAAUUCCUGCUGGAGGAAUUGUGGAAGAUGAAGGUAAAACCUUUUGAUCCAACACACCUCUUCAGCAGCGCAUUGUCGAAUAUAAUUUGCUCCAUUGUUUUUGGGGACCGUUUUGACUAUGAGGACAAGGAAUUCAAGGUUCUCCUGGAGAUGAUAUGCAACAUCUUCCGGGAGAUUAGCACAGCUUGGUCUCAGGAAAAAGACAAUCCAGGCAGUGAAUUUAAUAUGAAGAACUUGGAGCUCACCACAGUUAAUCUGUUCAUAGCUGGAACAGAGACAACCAAUUCGACCCUGAGAUAUGGGUGCCUGCUUCUCAUGAAAUAUCCUGACGUGCAAGCAAAAGUGCAUGAGGAAAUUGAUCGAGUGAUUGGCUGUAAUCGUGUCCCCAACACUGAGGACCGGAGCCAGAUGCCGUAUACAGAUGCCGUCAUCCAUGAAGUACAAAGAUGCAGUGAUCUCUUUCCUAUGAGUGUGGGCCACAUGGUUACUCGUGACACUGAAUUCAGAGGAUACUUCCUUCCUAAGGGGAUGGAGGUGUACCCUGUGCUCAGUAGUGUCUUGCAUGACCCCACAAUGUUUAAAAGCCCUAAUGCUUUCAACCCAGAGAACUUCUUGGAUGAGAAUGGAUGCUACAAGAAGAAUGAGGCCUUUGUGCCAUUCUCCGCAGGGAAACGAACUUGUCUGGGAGAAGCAUUGGCCCUCAUGGAGCUUUUCCUCUUCUUCACCACCAUCCUGCAGAAUUUCCAACUGAAGCCCCUUGUGCCUCCAGAGGACCUUGACAUAACCCCCUGUGAGAGUGGCUUUGCCAACAUCCCACCCUUGUAUGAGCUUUCCGUCAUCCCACGUUGAGCCCAAGACCCCUUUCUCCUUCAGCUUGGGACUCUUGCAUAAGCUGCAUUUACAGACUCCACUAGGAGAAG